UCUUCAGUGCCAUGCUUUGGAUCUACUAUGCAUUACUCAAAUCUGAUGCUUUCCUUCUCAUCACUAUCAAUUCCUUUGGUUGCUUGAUCGAAACCAUUUACAUUGCCUUCCACAUCACUUAUGCCCCAAAGAAGACUAGGAUGUCUACCUUGAAGUUACUUCUUUUGUUAAAUUUCAUGGGAUUCUCCACAAUUCUUCUUCUCUCCCACUUCUUAGCCAAAGGAUCAACUCGUAUUCAAGUUCUAGGAUGGAUCUGUAUGACAGUUUCCCACAGUGUGUUUGUAGCACCUUUAAGCAUUAUGAGAUUGGUUAUUCAUACCAAAAGUGUGGAGUUCAUGCCUUUUAAUUUAUCUCUUUUCCUCACUAUAAGCGCAAUCGCGUGGCUUUUUUAUGGCAUAUUCCUCAAGGACUUGUAUGUUGCAAUUCCCAAUAUUCUCGGAUUCAUAUUUGGGUUUCUUCAGAUGGUGCUCUAUGGAAUAUACAGGAAUAAGUCCAAGUCGGCGAUGGUAAAAGGCGCUCAGUUACCCCAACAACACUACAGCAUCGAUAUGACUAAACUCAGCACCAUCACAUCGACUUCAGAGGCACAACCCAACACUGAGUGCAAGGAACAGAAUGUGGAUCAAAGUGGGAAAAUCAAGGAGUCUUUAGGCUCCAACCCAAUAAUAGCUUGUGAAGUUUAAAAGACAAGAUUUCAAGCUUUUACUAAAGUUGAUGGAUCGACAAUCGUACCAGCCUGCUGGGUCGAUCCCCUACCUCUUUACAAGAUUAGUGUCAUGUGUUAUACGUGCACGCCUGUUACCGGCUGCAAUAUGCAUUAUGUAUUUCUGUUUCCUGUUUCAUUUCCUGGUUUUUAAUUUAAUUCUGUUGUACUAGUGUUUCCAAGAAUCUCGGCCUAAACACAAGUUGGCUAGGCAAAAUAACAGUACUGGAAUAUAGUUUAAUUUUAAUU